AUGAUCAAGGCCAUUUUCUACAGCAAAUUCGACACCCAAGAGGGCCCCAAGGUCGUCCACCAAGUCCCCGAUGGAGCCAUCGUCCCCUCCGCGACUGCGCCCUCGCAGCCUCUCUUUCUGACCUUCUCCGACAUCUCCUUCUUCGUCAUCCCCCGGCAAGAACUCUGCGGCAACCUGAUGCAGGUGUGCACGAACGGCUACCGGAUCCUGGGCUACCCCAUCUGCAUGAAGUCUCUGCGGUAUGACCGCAACGAGUUCAUUUUCAACUUCUGCCUUGUGCUCGCCGAGGAGGAGGAUUUCAGCUCGUACAAGAGCGUGGUGCAGAAGCUGGCGGAUCUGAUGCAUGGGUUGGAAGAGCAGAGCGGGUUCCUGUCUAGGGAUCAUUCGAAGAGCGGGGAAGGAAAAGUGUAUAGUUUGUGUGAGACGUUGAUGGAGGAUUUGAAUAACUAUUGCGAGUGCAUGAUCCCGAUCGAUGAAUUGAACACGUUGAAUAUCAAGCUCUUCCCUGUGUACCCUGCUCCUCCACCGGUGAGGGCAUGGCAGGUUCCUUUGUUUACAGUCCGAUACCAGGCGUUUAUGGAUGAGAAUUGGGAUUUGACGAUGCAACGGAUUGUGCCUCAUAUCAACGGUGUCAACAGCGUCCGCAUCAUUUCCAUCCUUGCCGACACCGACUUCUCCCUCACAUGCCGCGCCAUCAAGCAUCUCCUCUAUUACGGCUGCAUAUUUUUGCUGGACAUCUUUUCCUUCUCCGCCAUCUACGCGCCCACCGCUCAAUUCAGUUCGACCAUCGCCUGCGACGAAGACAUGCAGCGAGAAUGCGCCCGCUACGUCAACACCCUGUUCGCCCCGCCGAUGGCCGUCCACGCUGCAGGCAAUCCGGCCGCCGUCCCAUCCGCCUCCACAUCCGCCCUCUCGUCCACCGCACAUGGUGAAUUCAUCUCCGGCAACCUCGCCAGCUUCUCCAAGUUUGAUCCGGACUCCGUCUGGCCCCCGCUCGCCGACUACACCGACCACCGCAGCACAAGCCGAACUCCCAGCCCCAGCCGCAGCGCCAGCUACAAUGCCACCAGCACAUCCGCAUCCACAUCGACCAUCAUCCCCGACGACCCGACGCAACCACCUCCGCCGCCCGCGCUCGUCGACGGCGUCGGGAUCGUCGAGCUCUACGCCUGCCUGAAACAAGGCCAGAGCGUGCGACAGUGGUACGCGCAGAACAGCCGCAAGCUCGCCCACAUCGACAUCCGCCGCUUCAUCACCUUCGGCAUCAUCAAGGGCUUCCUGUACCGCGUCCACAAAUACGCCUACGCAACGGGCCUCCCCGCCCCGCCGCUGAAGCCCUCGCGGCACGGCCACGGCCCUGGCAGCCACCACUCGCACUCACACUCGCACACACAGCCACCAUCCGGCGCCUCGUCGCGCGGACCGGGCACGGGCACGCAUAGCCCCUACGCGUCCAGCGUUGGCGACGAGGUAGCGCCGAUUGCGCAAGCACGCGGCGACGACGGCAAGGAACACUCGACCUCCGUGCACAGUGGGAGCCGGAACGGGGUCGUCUUCGACGACGAGGAGGACGAGGAGCCUGUCGAUAACAAGACGCUGGCGAAGUAUCUGGACGGCAUGCAUUGCUUCGAUCAGAUCUGUACCGAGCUGGAGAUCAGUGAGAAGGACCUCACAGCCGCGCUAAAGAGAUACCCUGGAGAAGUCCUGAUCAUACACCGAUGA